GUCACACAAGUACCACUAGUACCAUUCAAAAACCAUGGCAACGAUGAUCCAAAAGCUACAUUUAGCCGCCCCGUACAACAUCUUCUACAACACCAUCCCCUGCGUACCCCAGCAAGACAACACGAUUUUCUUCACGGACUUGCUGUGCCCCAGCUUAGGCAAACUGAAAACGUCGCUCCAAAUCACGUUUAAAGUGGACAUCGAGUGGCUCAUGAAUCAAUACGACCAAAAACACUUGCGGUCCAAACCUCUAACGAUUCUAUAUGGUGAAGAAAACCCAGAACUGGAAAAAUACGUCGCUGAUAAUUUACCGAACGUGAAAUCCCACUGUGUGGCGGUCAGAGACUUACACGGAAGCCACCGCUCAAAACUAGCGAUUUUCGUUUACGACGACGACUCGGUUCGAGUGGUGGUGUCCAGCGCGAAUUUGUACCAAGACCACUGGGAGCACUUCAACCACUGCUUUUGGGUGAGUCCUUUAUGUCGAAUGUCUGAAUGCGCUCGUGAUUCCCCCACUGGCUUCAAAAGCGACCUUAUCCUGUUUUUAAAACAGUACAAACUGCCGGUUUUGGGAACCUGGAUUGACUAUGUAAAGCGCGCCGAUCUCCAUGACGUGAGGGUGUUUUUAGUGACGUCGUUACCGGGCUGUCACCCCACCGAGCGACCCUGGAGCCUCCUCCAGCAAAUGGCGAUUCUCCUGGACAAUUAUUGUGACGUACCUGAUCAGAAGGACUGGUCUGUGGUGAUCCAGGCGUCGUGUUUGGGGUCGUACGGGGAAAAUGACAGGAACUGGUUGGAGUCCACUUUGCUGGUGAAUCUUCAGUCGACAGCUCCAUUCCAAAUAAUAUAUCCAUCGGUUGCUAACGUGACUACAUUCGUUAGAAAUAAUUGCAAUGAUCUUGGCACUCCACUUGAAAUAAAAAUCUAA